AUGAUUAAACAACAAAAAUUAGACAUUAACUCUUCAAACAUUGCCUUGUUGGGAUCUGAUCUAGACAAGAAGUGUCGUACUGACAAGGCUGGUUUGGAAGCCCAAUGGAAGAGUGUUGGUAAACAAGAAGGAUUGACCGUCUGGAGAAUCGAAGCUUUCAAGGUUGUCCCAUGGCCAAAGGAGCAAUACGGCAAGUUCUUUGACGGAGACUCUUACAUUGUGUUGAAGAGCUACAAGGCUACCCCAACCGCCCCACUCAAACACGAUAUCUACUUUUGGUUGGGUGAACAUACCUCGACCGAUGAAGCCGGUACUGCUGCCUACAAGACCGUUGAAUUGGACGACUACCUCGGUGGUGGUCCAGUCGAGUACCGUGAAGUCCAAGGUUUCGAAUCCGACCGUUUCCUAGCCCUCUUCCCAAACAACUCUAUCUUUAUUCUUCGUGGUGGUAUUGAGUCUGGUUUCAACCAUGUCAAACCAGAGACCUACCGUCCACGUCUCCUCCACAUCUCUGGUGACCGUCAUGUCCGUGUCCAAGAAGUCGACCUCUCUUCCAAGUCACUCAAUUCCGGCGACGUCUUUAUUCUCGAUGCCGGUCUCAAGUUGUACCAAUUCAACGGAUCAAAGUCAACCGGUCAAGAACGUACCAAGGGUGCCAGUCUUGCCCGUGCCAUCGACGACGAGCGUAAGGGUCUCCCACAAGUCAUCGUCUUUUCCGAAGACGACACUGAUAUCCCAGCCGAAUUCUGGACUUUGCUCGGAGGCAAGGGUCCAAUCGCCCCACAAACCGCUCAUGCUGCCAAGCCAGCCGGCGUCAAGUCCCUCCACCGUCUCUCUGACGCCUCGGGCAAGUUGACCUUUACCGAAGUCGCCACCGGCAAGAUCAGCCGUAAGCAACUCGACACCAACGAUGUCUUUAUCCUCGAUCUCGUCUUUGAAGUAUUUGUAUGGGUCGGUCUCAAGUCAUCGCACUCUGAAAAGAAGUCUGCCUUCCAAUACGCCACCGACUAUGUCACCAAAAAGGGUUACGCUCCAUACACCCCAGUCGCUCGUAUCCUCGAAGGUGGUGAAAAUGAAGUAUUUGAAAGUGCUCUCGAUGCCUAA